GAGUGUUGCAAUGGUGGUGAGAGUUCGGUUGAAGAUGCAAUGCGGCACCGCGACGACAUUGCCCUUCGUUUUUCUCGCGAUUGUGUGUGGUGUAGACAUAGUGUAUGGUAUGUUUGAACAUAGACAUUGUAAUCAUCAGCAUCCACGAGUUCACGAGGUGAUACAUGGUGUGCACAUUGAACCAUUCCACGAGGUGAAAAAACGCAGUAUCAGUCAACCACUUAGGAUUCUACUUUCGUACGACGAGAGCGUCUAUCGACUGGAUGCUGAAAAAUUCGAGCUCAUCAAUAACACAAUCUUGCCUGAGGCUGUACACUUUUGGGAAAAGGCUCUUAUGGUGCGAGAGACAAAAAGCACUAUUCGACUAAAUAGAAAAUGUGAAAGCAGUCAGGUUUUCGUUAAGGAUCACCAUACUCAUUGUAUAGACACGUGCCGAUCUGUGACUAUGUGCGGUGAAGUUGUUGUACCCAAUGAACAUCUUGAUGUUUGUAGAACGUGCAAUGCAACCGGACAUAAAUGUGGAGUGGCAGAAGGAAGCGUUGCUGGUGCGGGGAUCGAUGGGGCGGAUUUUGUAUUUUAUGUCUCUGCGAUGCAGACCGAACGAUGUCACAAAGGCAUGACAGUCGCUUAUGCUGCUCACUGCCAACAGGAAUCUGCUCUGGAUCGGCCUAUAGCUGGACAUGCGAACCUUUGUCCUGGCAGUAUUAGCACGAAAACUCAGGAGUUGGAAACAUUACUGAGCACAGUUAAACAUGAAAUCCUACAUGCUUUGGGGUUUUCUGUGAGUCUCUACGCUUUCUACAGAGAUAAAAAUGGUGAACCCAGGACACCAAGAAGAUCUGAAACCGGAAAACCACCACUCAAUGAAAAACUGCAAACUCAUCAGUGGAGUGAAAAUACAAUCAAGACCGUGAUCAGACAAAACUGGCAAGUGCGUGGAGCUACUGUGGAGAGACCUAUGCAAAUGAUAGUUACGCCCCGAGUUCGAGAGGAAGUUCGUGCACAUUUCAAUUGCAAGCUAUUGGAGGGCGCGGAAUUGGAGGAUCAAGGAGAGGAUGGAACAGCUCUAACCCACUGGGAAAAACGAGUAUUUGAGAAUGAAGCCAUGACGGGCACUCACACGCAGAACCCCGUCUACUCGAGGAUAACUCUUGCACUUAUGGAAGAUACUGGAUGGUAUAGCGCGAACUACUCGAUGGCUCAAGAACUUGGUUGGGGUAGAAACUUGGGAUGUGACUUUGCCAUGAAGUCUUGCAAAGAGUGGAUUUCCACAAGAUCCUCUCGUUUCUCAGAACAAAAAGGGAAAUCGAUUCAUCCUUUUUGCAACAAAGUAAAGCAAGAUCCUUUGCAGACGGAAUGCACUGACGACCGUAUUUCUGUAGCUUUGUGUAAUUUGAUAAACCAUACAAUACCUCUACCGAGGAAAUAUCAGAACUUUGAUUCAAUUCCGCAUGUACCGCCUGGACAAGAGCAUUUAUUUGGUGGUUCAGUAUCCCUAGCGGAUUAUUGUCCUUACAUCCAAGAAUUCACCUGGCGGGCCAGGAAUGUCGUAGUAAGGGGAUCGCAUUGUUUGUACGAGGACAACAAUCCACUUCCAGAAAAGAAUUUUGCUUUGGAAAAGUAUGGACCUCAUUCAAGAUGCUUUGAUCACACAAACCAAAUGUGGGUAGAACGAACGUGUAAACAGGCCAGGGAAUGGCAGCAUUGGGGCUCCGGUUGCUAUCAGUAUAAGUGCGAAGCUGGCAGACUUCACAUAGUGGUUGCAAAUUAUACGUACACUUGCUAUCACGCUGGACAAGAAAUAGCAAUUAGAAUUAUGCAAAAUGAUUGGCUACAUAAGGGAGCGCUUAUAUGUCCACCUUGUAAAGAAGUUUGCCAGGCUGAACUGAAAGCUCAGGGAGAAUGGUGUAAGGCAGGAGAUGAACAUCCUCCAGCAACAUUCUACCCUAGGGACGACCUUCAUUGCAGUUCCUCUAAAGUUAUCAGUCAGAGCCUGGCUGUGUAUAUCGCCAUUUCCCUCUGUUUUAUCGCCAGGUGAUCUACUGUGGUUUAUAGUUAAUUUUAAUUGUUAUCAGAAUGGACCUAGAAAUGGACCUUUCAACCUUCCUUUCCAACCAAGAAGCGUCUCGAGUGAGUUUCAGCCUAAUUGCAUUUCGUAAAUUGCAUUCUGUUUUGAAGCUACAGAACAGAUACUUUGUAAAAAAUAUAAGACUUCAAUCACGUUCACAGGAGAAACUUAAACUGAACUUUCAAUCAAUAUUGUGAUUUUGGGUAGAUUUUAUGGUGAUAAACAUUGUGCGUACUUUUCAUUUGCAUAUCUAAGCUUACGGAUGCCCUUUUAUUCCUGCAAUAGCAAUUUAUUUUGCAAAUUACAUUUAUGUAAUCUACUCUUAAGACUCGAAAUGCAUUAAUUUAUGAUCCAUCCAUUGCAAAUAUUGCUGAGAACGAACAUUUCUAGCAUAAUCGAUUAGAGUGAUUUUACUUACGCCUUGAGGGUAGUAUUUUAAAAUAUUUAACUGUUUUAAAAUAUUUUAUUGGGAUUCAACUGCUUGAUUAAAGCAAGGAAGUGAAACUAAAAUAUUCGAGGUACAUUCCUGAAUAGAAAAUUGUAUAAUAUUGAUUUCUAGUUGUCUCUAUUCCGACAAUGUUUAAAAAUGUAAGAAGAUUUAUAGCAACACAUAUCUAGUGAUUCAAAGCUCUAGCGAAAAUAUUUCAAUAGUGAAGUAUCGAUAAAUGACUUGUUCACAAAACGUUAUUACAAAACACGAAAAAGUAUUACAUGAAAUAAAAUAUAAAUAUUUUUUAAGGAUCACUUUUUACACAAACACUUAUAGAAUAUUACAAAAUGAAACUCACAUUUUAUGUCAUUUAUUUUUUCUUUAAAAUGACAUGCCUCAAUUAAAAUUAUCUGAAAGAGAAUUUCCUUUUGCACAAAUUUAUUAGAACUCGAGUGACGAACUAUUGUUUAAAUUUGUGACGAAAGCCUUUUCUUUUUCACGCGGUCAGUAUUAUUUUGGACUUGAAAAGUCUUUUCGCUAAAGCUUUAUGAAUUGUUUCUAUUGAAGCUUUCGUGAGAAAUAUCCUUCUCCAACGUGUAUCAUAAAGUAAGCGCGAUAAAAAUAAAUUCUUUUUACUGUGUGUGAGAAAGUCAAUAUGAAAGUGUGAGUGAAUGUAUAAACUACAUUUAUUUCUUAAUAGAGUCUAUAAAGUUUGAAUGCUACUGUCGCCUCAAUGGAUGAAGCGUUAUACUGUAACUACAAUAAUUAAUUAAUUAUAAUUAGUGAGAGUCGACAUUGCAUUAUCGUCCAAGUCAUUAAGUAGUCUAACUGCGAAUUUUUUCAAGUGAGGAUGUGAUAUCAGCUACAAUUUUAAGAAAUACUUUAGAAUUGUUUAUCCACGCGAAUUAUUUUGUAUUUUAAAAAUGCAAUAAUGUGAGUACAGUAUCGUUAAGGUUAUAGUUACAGCGUAAAUGAAAUUAUCAGGCAGGUACAGUAUUUAAUACUUUCAGGUUUAGUAUAUUAUUUUAAAACCGCUUGAAUCCCUUUGAAUGCAAAUUGAUAUCCUUUGCAUUUUUCAAAAUUCUUUGAAUUGUUAUAAAUUCCUUCACUUCCUUGAAUUUAUUUAAAGUAGUCCGGCUACUGGGAAAUCUAGUCAAAUCUAUGUCCUUUAUUUUUUUUUCUGAAAUUUGGAAUUAAAUACAAAAUUUGACCAGGAUAUCAAUGGCUAAAUUAGGUAUUAAAUGUUUAUGAUGAUCAUUAUAAAUAAAAUGAUUUUCAAAUAAUAAUAAAAUGUAAGUUUAAGUGUCGAUUUUACUCGAUUCUGGCUACAUUUUUGAUUCUAGGCUACAUUUUACUAAAAUUAAGCUCAAAUACCCUGGAAACAAAUAUAAAUUAACAGUAAUUCAAAUUUUAGAUUACAUGUUCUGUUUCCAAAAAAAGGUUUCGUAACAAUAUUCAAUGUGUUUUAAAGCCAAAAUUAACCAUUUUUGGAGUCCGCGAAAGGCCUCUCCAUAAGAUCCCAUGUUUUUUUUACACGAAUUUAAACAGUGAUAAUUCAAAUUUUAACCUGGAAAGAAUCCAUUAAAAGGCAUUAUGUGAUAUAGGACACAUUUCUCCGCAAAAAAAACAAUUAAUUUUAAUGAUUUUUUAUCUGAUCGAUCCAAUAGCCGAACACCUUAAAUUCCCUGACUUUUAUUAAUUCUUCGGAAUUCCCUGAAUUUAUUCAAUUUUUCUAAUUCUCAUAAUUAAUAUAAAUUCGGUAUAUUUCACUUGAUUCCUUGCAUUAUCUUAGUCUUUAAAAUUCAUCGAAUUCUUGGGAUUUCCUGGGAUUUGAAGCCUUCAAAAUAAUGCAUUAAAUUCAGAUAGAGGGAGAAAAAUUCAAGUAAUCAAAAGAGUUCAAGCAAUUCAGAGAUUUUAAGGAAUCAAGAAAGCCCAGAAAUUACAAGAUUUAAAUGAAUUAGGAUAAUUCAAGCAAUUCAUAUAAUUCAUGGAAUUCGUAGAAUACACGGAAUUGGUAUAAUACGCGAAUUUGGCAAAGUUCAAGGAAUUCAAUGAAUUCAUACAUUUGAAGGAAUUUAAAGAUUUUAUGGAACUUAGAAAAGUUGAAGAGUUCACUGAAUUUAAGGAGUUCGUUGCAUUUACGUCACUCAUUGAAUUUAAGGAAUUGAUUGAAUUGAUUAAAUUAUCUUGAUUCCUGAAAUUUUCUGAAUUUCUUAAAAUCGAUAAAU